AGCUGAUUAUCCAAAAACUUCCUCACCGAAAAGUGUUUGUCGAGUGCAACGCUGUACAAGAUCUACGUGUAGAUAUUCGGAGGAAAGUCGUCAUUACAACAUUCUUUGGACUCGUUUCGCGCGUUUCGGGACGGUUCUAACUUCUGCCGCGUUGUUCAUUCACAUCCGCCGCCUUCCUACCUAACUAAUCUCUUCGCACUCAUUCGAAUCACCCUCCAACACCUCCUGUACAGACACUCUCGACUGCCGUCUUUCUUUUCGCUCGUUUGCUUCCGUACUGUAUGCUUCUAGGCUCUGCGCAGUGAGCCUGAUCCUGGCUCUUGAGGCUCACCUCCUGGACGCCUCGGCGCCCGUCUCCUAUGGUCAACAUUGGUCAAUAAUCAACUCGACUACUCUGCCUUGACUAUCCAUCCUCUACCAUGGCCAUUCAACCGUACCAGGAAGACAAUGAGGCUUCCUCUGGACCUCACGACACAGCUCCUGCGAAACGAUUACGCUGGGCUACGCAAAGGGUAGCUGGCUCUCAAGGGGGUACAAAACGGCAAUCUAUCCUCAGACGCCUUUCGCAUAAGAAGCGCACAAGCGACGACUCGGCCAAACGAGAAUCAAAUGGAACCGACCUCGAAUCCGUGCCCGAGGGCUCAGAAGCUUCGGCCGACCAAUCUGGUCCUGGCCGUCGCGUCUUCUUCAAUAUGCCAUUGCCCGAGGACGCGCGCGACGAAGAAGGGCAUCCCAAUACGCAGUUCGUGCGAAACAAGAUUCGUACUGCAAAGUAUACCCCUAUUAGUUUCAUUCCAAAGAACUUGUGGUUUCAGUUUCAUAACAUCGCCAACAUUUAUUUCUUGUUCAUCAUCAUUCUAUCGAUCUUCCCAAUCUUCGGCGCCACGAAUCCCGGACUGAGUGCUGUACCGCUGAUCGUCAUUGUCUUCAUCACCGCUGUCAAGGACGGAAUCGAGGACUGGAGAAGAACUGUUCUUGACAACGAGCUCAACAAUGCGCCUGCCCACCGCCUCGUUGACUGGGAAAACGUCAACACUGCCGAGGAUCAAAUCUCAUUGUGGCGAAAAUUCAAGAAGGCAAACACUCGGGCCAUCACCUCUGUUUGGCGCCUCUGGAAAAACCGCAAAGAACCCAAGGACGAAAAGAGGAAGUCCCAGACGGAUAGAGCUUUGGAUGAGGGCAGGCCUUCCACAGACACCAGGAGACCCUCCAUGUAUUCUCAGCGCAUGUCUGCGAUGUCGAUAGCUACCGAAGAGCCUGGAGCUAUGGAGAUGACACCGGUCCAUUCGCCAAUGCCAGCUCCAGCCAUGGAAGGCAAUAAAGAGAUGGACUUUGGUGACCAUGUUAGAACAUCGCUUGAGAACGAUGCCAGCAAACCAGGAGAUGCGCGUCAAGUCGUCGAAGUCGCAAAAGACCCCACCGAAUCCAACGCUCCUAUCCCCAAACGAUUUUACGGCAAUGUCAUCAAUCCGAACAAGCCUGCUGGUAAAGCACGUUUCAAGAAAGAUUGCUGGAAGAACGUUCAGGUAGGAGAUUUUGUCAGACUUUACAACGAGGAGUCUAUUCCUGCCGAUAUCGUGGUCUUGUCGACUUCUGAUCCUGAUGGCGCUUGUUAUGUGGAAACUAAGAACCUGGACGGAGAGACCAACCUCAAGGUGCGCCAGGCUCUGCAUUGUAGUCAGAAAGUUAAAAGAGCGCGCGACUGCGAACGAGCCGAGUUCAUUCUGGAAAGCGAGCCGCCUCACGCCAAUCUUUACUCUUACAGUGGAGCUAUUCGAUGGAAGCAGCAAGGCAGUAAGAAUUCCGAGGUUCAAGCGGCCGAGAUGGCCGAGCCCGUUUCUAUCAACAAUAUGCUGCUCAGAGGUUGUUCAAUCCGCAACACCGAAUGGGUUUUGGGUAUUGUUGUUUUCACUGGAGAAGAGACGAAGAUCAUGCUCAACUCUGGUAUCACUCCCACCAAGCGCGCACAAAUUUCCAAGGACCUGAACUGGAACGUCAUCUACAACUUCAUCAUCUUGUUCUUCAUGUGUCUCAUUUCCGCUCUGGUGCAAGGCACUACCUGGGGUAAAGGCAAUGAAUCACUCGACUUCUUCGAAUUCGGCUCCUACGGUGGUACACCAGGUCUCAAUGGUUUUAUCACAUUCUGGGCUGCCAUCAUUCUCUUCCAGAAUUUGGUCCCUAUCUCUCUCUACAUCUCACUCGAGAUCGUUCGCACUGCCCAGGCCUUCUUCAUCUACAGCGACACCUUCAUGUACUACGCUCCGGUCGACUAUCCCUGCACUCCAAAAUCUUGGAACAUCUCCGAUGAUCUUGGCCAGAUUGAGUACAUCUUCUCUGACAAGACCGGAACGCUGACACAAAACGUCAUGGAAUUCAAGAAGGUUACAAUUAACGGUGUACCUUAUGGAGAAGCUUAUACCGAGGCUUUGGCCGGCAUGCAAAAACGACAAGGAAUCGAUACUGAUGUCGAAGGAGCCAAGGCCCGUGAACAGAUAGCCCGUGGAAAGGUCAAGAUGCUUGAGGACCUCCGCAAGAUUCACAACAAUCCCUACCUCCUGGAUGAGAACGUGACAUUUGUGGCGCCUGACUACAUCUCUGACCUGACCGGUGCUUCCGGACCUCAGCAAAAAGCAGCCAACGAGUAUUUCAUGCUCGUCCUUGCGCUCUGUCAUACCGUCAUCACCGAACGUACUCCUGGAGAUCCGCCAAAACUCGAAUUCAAAGCACAAUCGCCUGAUGAAGCUGCUCUUGUCGCAACAGCCAGAGAUUGUGGGUUUACUGUUCUGGGUCGCUCGAACGACGGCAUUAUUGUCAACGUUCUUGGAGAAGAGCGCGAGUAUACCGUGCUCAACAUCCUCGAAUUCAACUCUUCAAGAAAACGUAUGAGUGCGAUUGUGCGCAUGCCAAACGGAAAGAUCGUCUUGUUCUGCAAGGGUGCCGACAGCAUUAUCUAUUCGAGGUUGAAGAAGGGAGAACAACAAGAGUUGAGAAAGACUACUGCCGACCAUCUUGAAAUGUUCGCUCGUGAGGGCUUGCGUACGUUGUGCAUCGCACAGAGAGAGCUAGAUGAAGAGGAAUACCAGAUCUGGAACAAGCAGCACGACAUCGCAGCAGCAGCUAUUCAGAAUCGUGAGGAGAAGCUUGAAGAAGUUUCGGACGCUAUUGAACGCGACCUCACGCUGCUCGGCGGAACUGCAAUUGAAGACAGACUCCAGGAUGGUGUACCAGACGCGAUCCAGCUUCUUGCCCAGGCUGGUAUCAAGCUCUGGGUUCUGACAGGAGACAAGGUCGAGACUGCUAUCAACAUUGGAUUCUCUUGCAACCUGUUGGGCAACGACAUGGAUCUCAUCGUAUUGAACAUUCAGGAUGAAAACUUGGCUACUGCCGAGGCCGAACUUGAUAAGAAUUUGGCCAUCUUCGGCAAGACCGGAUCCGAUGAGGAGCUCAAGGCCGCAAAGAAGAACCAUGAACCGCCAGCGCCUACUCAUGCUGUUGUCGUCGAUGGUGAGACACUCAAGCUCAUGCUGGACGAUAAACUGAGACAGAAGUUCCUGCUUCUGUGCAAGGAGUGCAAAUCCGUCCUCUGUUGUCGUGUCAGUCCGAGUCAAAAGGCUGCUGUCGUUGGCAUGGUCAAGAACGGGCUAGAUGUAAUGACCCUGUCUAUUGGUGAUGGUGCUAACGAUGUCGCCAUGAUUCAAAAGGCUCAUGUUGGUGUCGGUAUCGCUGGUGAGGAAGGUCGACAAGCAGUUAUGUCAUCCGAUUACGCCAUUGGUCAAUUCAGAUUCCUUACGAGGCUUGUUCUGGUCCAUGGACGUUGGUCAUACCGCCGACUUGCGGAAACGAUUGCGAAUUUCUUCUACAAGAACAUCAUUUGGACCUUCGCUCUCUUCUGGUAUCAGAUUUUUGCCAAUUUCGAUUGCUCAUACAUCUUCGACUACUCGUACAUUCUACUGUACAACCUGGCUUUCACUUCCUUGCCGGUCAUUCUCAUGGGUAUCCUGGACCAGGAUGUUGAUGACAAAGUGUCCCUGGCAGUGCCUCAGCUCUACAGACGUGGCAUCGAGAGGAAAGAAUGGACACAAAUCAAGUUCUGGACAUACAUGAUUGAUGGUCUCUACCAGUCACUCGUUUGCUUUUUUCUUCCGUAUCUUCUCUUCCGACCAGCCAACUUCAACACUGAAUCAGGACAAAACGUCAACGACUACCAGCGCAUUGGUGUCUACAUUGCGAAUGCCACUGUCGUGGUGGCCAACGUAUAUAUUCUGAUGAACACCUACCGCUGGGACUGGUUCUUCACUCUCAUUACCACAAUCUCCAUUCUUCUCAUCUGGACUUGGACCGGUAUUUACUCCUCCUUCACCGUCGGCUUCACUUUCUACAAGGCAGGCGCCGAAGCUUAUGGAUCCUUGAGCUUCUGGGCACUGACGAUGAUGGUCAUCAUCGUUGCUCUGCUUCCCCGUUUCGCCGCAAAGUCAUUCCAGAAGAUCUUCAUGCCUCGCGACAUCGACGUUAUCCGCGAGCAAAUCAGACAAGGCAAAUUCGACUACCUUAAGAAUGUCAACCCGGAUGGCCCGAACGGUGUCACCCCUCCUCCCCCAGAGAAGGGCUCGGACUCUACUUCAAGUUCGGAAAUCAGCAAGCCCUCAGGUGCGCAAAGACUUGCUCACAAAUUGUCACACAAUAGGAUGCCUACCGAAGACGAGCGACCAAUAUACCCACCUUCAAUAGCAGCGACCGCGACAACACGUAACGCUAGGUCGCACAACGGAAGUGAUGGUACUGACUACACCGGGCACCGAUCUUCGAUCGAGCGGACGUUCCCUGCAGUUGGACAAGUGACAUCCCGUCCAUCUGAAGACUUUGGUCACAGUCCGAUAGAUUUCUACCGACCACCUGUCAUUGCUGGAGGUUUCGAAUCACCCGCGCCUCGACCAAGCUACGACCGACCAAGACCCUCUUUCGAUCGGCUGAGGGCCAGCAUGGACUUUGAACGAACACGACCAUCGUUUGAGAGCUCUCGUGAUUUCACCAGCGCGGCCUAUUUAUCAAGGGUGGAAAGUAGUCACACACCUGCUGGUACGCCUGGCGUGCACGAAGACCGAAAGGAUAUUGGCUACGCCAUGUAAUAAGAGAAGAAGUGGGGAGGUUGUACAAAAGGUCAGAAGCGUGGGCGUUUUGAUUCGGUUGUCUUGAUUACUGUCUGUUUUGCAUGGCGUCUUCCUCGGCCAUGGUUUUUGAUGAUUUGGAUUUUUCCGCAUAGAUUUGUUUUUAGCUACUUAAGAUUCCCUGCUGUCAUUCUUUCAGACGAAGCGUUCGCUUUGGCCUGUUGAUAGGUUUUGAAUAUCACCGAGUUUAUCUUUCU